AUAUGUGUCGUGUACUACUAAUCACCAUUCACCAAGCAAGCAUAUUUAUAUGCUAACAAGAUUUUUUUUAGAGACGUACCCAACAUCCACAAAGCUAGCUAGCUAGAUCCUCCUCUUCUCUGCACUCUGCUAGAGCAAGCUCGAUCGAUCGAUCAGUGAUAUUUCCCCUUAUCCAAAUCCAGCACAAACCAACAAUAUCCAUGGAGGCCGUAGCAGUGCACGCCAGCUUCUCGUCCUACUCCCCUCCGGUGGUCGCCGGCGGCCGCGACGACGCCGGCAGCAGCAGCAGCAGCAGGAGCAUGUCCCGCCUGCCGGCUCGCGUCGCCGGCGCCGUAGCUCGCGGCAUCGUCACCUUCGUCUUCGCCACAGUGGGCACGAUCCUGGGGGCGAUCACCGGCGGGCUGAUCGGGCUGGCGACGGAGAGCGGCAUGGUGCGGGGCACCGGGAUCGGGGCCAUCUCCGGCGCGGUGGUCGCCAUGGAGGUCGUCGACUCCUCCGUCGCCAUGUGGUGCUCCCACGACUCCGGGAUCUGGAGCGUUCUCUACGUCCUUGACGUGAUCUGGAGCCUCCUGACGGGGCGGCUGGUGCGGGAGAAGGUGGAUCCGGCGGUGCAGAACGCGGUGGACAGCCAGAUGAACGCCGCCGACGCGCCCUUCAGGGAGAGCGCGCCGACGCUGGCGGAGAUGUUCGACACCGGCAUCCCCGGCGUCGCCGCCGCCGCCACGGGCAUGCCGGCGGACGCCAUCGCCGCGCUCCCGGUCACCACGUUCGCCGCCGCCGCCGGCGGCGACGACCGCGCCGGCUGCUCCGUGUGCCUCCAGGACUUGGAGGACGGCGAGCGGGCGCGGAGGCUGCCGGAGUGCGGCCACACGUUCCACCUCCGCUGCAUCGACAGCUGGCUGCUCAGGCACGCGUCGUGCCCCCUGUGCCGGCGCACGGUGGUCGCCGCCGCCGUCGCCGUCGACGACGUCGUCGUCGGCUGAGCUGGCGCGAGCUCGCAUCUGGUUGGCUCGUUCGUGGUUAAUUAGGCUUAAGCUAGAAGAUUAGUGAGAAGGGCGUGCAGUGCACGGCACGCCGCCGGCGACGGCGUGAGGAUCACGACUGACGUGCGUGUGUGUACCUACUACCUCACCUUCUUUUGAUACCUUGAUUCGUUUUGGCGUAGUACAUAUGUGUAGCGGAUACUUGCAUUAUACUAGUAUAUACACACACACUUGUAUGUAUUGUAGAUUUAUAUACUUGUACAUGGAGACCUUGUGAUUAACAUAAUAGAGAGAUCCAGAUUUUGUCUCUA